CGAUAUCGAUUGUUUACCCCCAGUCUCGGUCACUUUAUCUCUAAAGUGAUCAUCUAAAAACCGCCACCACGUUUUCCACACUCCUCAACUCGCGGCACCACCCGUUCAACGGAAGCCGACGCUCAGCCGCUCGCGGAGGGGCAUCGGAUUUACCUUACACGCCCUAAACGAGAAAGCACGUCUACUACAUACACUUUCUCGAUUGAUUCGGACGUUGCACAAUGGCUCCCCAUGCGAAUGAUGUGGCCAAUGGCUCCGUGAACGGGUCGGGUAGCCCCCAAGUCUCUCCUCUCUUUACUGUCGAUUCUCCCAACGUGGUCUACAGCGAUGAUGAAAUCAACACUAAGUACGCCUACCACACCACUGAGGUGGUUCGUGUCGACAACAAGUUCGUCGCAAAGCCUAAGACCGACACCUACCACUUCAAGGUCGACAGGAAGGUCGGAAAGGUGGGCAUGAUGCUCGUUGGUUGGGGUGGAAACAAUGGAUCCACCGUGACUGCGGGCAUCAUCGCCAACCGCCGUGGUCUGGCCUGGGAUACUCGCGAGGGUAAGCGUGAGGCCAACUACUACGGCUCGGUCGUUAUGGGCUCCACGGUCAAGCUUGGAACGGACCCUAAGUCCGGUGAGGAGAUCAACAUCCCUUUCCACGACCUCCUUCCGAUGGUGCACCCCAAUGAUCUGGUCGUGGGAGGUUGGGAUAUCAGCUCGCUGAACCUUGCCGACUCCAUGGAUCGUGCCAAGGUUCUCGAGCCGACCCUGAAGGAUCUCGUGCGCAAAGAGAUGGCCGAGAUGAAGCCCUUGCCUAGCAUCUACUACCCUGAUUUCAUCGCAGCCAAUCAGGAGGCCCGUGCCGACAACGUUAUCAACGGAUCCAAGGCAUCCUGGGACCAUGUAGAACAUCUCCGCAACGAUAUCCGUGAGUUCAAGUCUAAGAACGGACUGGACAAGGUCAUUGUUCUGUGGACCGCAAACACUGAGCGGUACGCGGAUAUCGUUCCUGGCGUGAAUGACACCGCAGACAACUUGAUCAAUGCCAUCAAGAGCGGCCAUGAGGAAGUCUCUCCGUCAACCGUCUUCGCUGUUGCUUCCAUCCUGGAGAAUGUUCCUUUCAUCAAUGGCUCUCCCCAGAACACCUUCGUGCCCGGCGCCAUUCAACUUGCGGAGAAGCACAACGCCUUCAUCGGAGGCGAUGACUUUAAGUCCGGUCAGACGAAGAUGAAGUCUGCGCUAGUUGACUUCCUGAUCAACGCUGGUAUCAAACUUACCUCUAUCGCCAGCUACAAUCACCUGGGCAACAAUGAUGGAAUGAACCUUAGCUCUCAGAAGCAGUUCCGUUCGAAGGAGAUUUCCAAGUCCAAUGUGGUUGACGAUAUGGUCGCCGCUAACACUGUUCUUUACAAGAAGGGAGAGCAUCCUGACCACACCGUCGUCAUCAAGUACAUGCCUGCUGUCGGCGAUAACAAGCGUGCUCUGGAUGAAUACUACGCCGAGAUCUUCUUGGGGGGCCACCAGACUAUCAGUAUUUUCAACGUCUGCGAGGAUUCUCUCCUGGCCUCUCCCCUGAUUAUCGACCUAGUCAUCAUUGCUGAGAUGAUGACCCGUAUCAGCUGGAAUGCGGACAGCGAGGAUUCCAAGGAUUACAAGGGAUUCCACAGUGUCUUGAGCAUUCUCAGCUAUAUGCUCAAAGCCCCUCUGACUCCUCCCGGGACCCCUGUUGUCAAUGCCUUGGCUAAGCAGCGUAGCGCUCUCACGAACAUCUUCCGUGCUUGCGUGGGCCUUCAGCCCGAGUCUGAUAUGACUCUGGAGCACAAGCUGUUCUGAGCUCGUUACAUGCUGAUAGCUAGCGUAGUGACUCGAUUCUCAUAAUCGAGCUGUUCACUUCUUGCGGGCUCUCUCUCGGGCUCUCAAAAAGCAGUGUCCCCCUGCAUCUACGACGCCCGUCGUAGAAGGUGGUCUUCUCUCUAGUACAACUAUAGGUACAGGUCCUUAGUCGCUCUUUUGAAUUCAAAGGCAGUACCCUAUACAUAUUGCAAAUUCCUGUGCCACAGUAGAACUGAGA